AUGGUCCAAAGCACCGUAGAGCGUCUGCCGUGGACUGUGGACUUCCACGUCGACCACGACAAGCGUGUAGUGCAGUUACUCAACACAACGACCAAAGAUGACGAGGACCCGGGCAAGACACGCACAGCUGCCUUCCAGCGCGUCGUCGAUGCCGCCAUUGCAUCUGAAUAUUUCCCCUCAUUGAACAAGCUCCACAGCGAGCAUUUCAGAAUCAUUGGCGCGAACCACUUUGUGUCGAUUGAGCGAUUUCCAGCACCUCUGUUCGGCAUCUCGUCGCGCGGGGCACACAUGACGGCCUAUGUUAGAACGAGCGAAGGGAUGAAGAUCUGGGUACCGAGAAGAAGCGCACACCUCUUCACUUUCCCGAACCUACUUGAUACUACUGUCGCGGGCGGCGUCAAGGCCGAGGACUCACCCUUCGACUGCAUCAUCGCCGAGGCGACGGAGGAGGCGUCGCUGCCCGCGGACUUUGUCAAGGAGAAUGCUCGAGCUGUUGGAGCGGUAACGUACUGCAGCUUGAACAAGCAAAGGGGGACAUUUUUCCCGACUGUUCUUUACGUCUACGAUCUUGAGCUGCCUGAGUCGAUCGAGCCUCAGCCGGGCGAUGAUGAGGUUUCCGGGUUUGAGCUGAUGACGAUUGACCAGGUCAAGGAUGCCAUGUUGGGUGAGCAAUUCAAGCCAAAUUGCGUUCUGGUCAUGCUCGACUUUUUUAUCCGCCACAACAUCAUGAACUCUGAAAAUAAUGAUGAGUAUCUGGAGAUUGUCACUAGGAUGCGGCGACAUCUCCCGGUACCAACCAGUCCAGAACGAAGAGAUUAG